AUGACGGAAAAAUCGGAGAACCCACACUACAUACUUGACAGUCAGGAAGAGGUGAAACGGCUGUCAAAGAUGCAUGAGAUUCUAAAAGAUGCGAUGGGUGGCUUGUUGCUGGUGCCGGUGGAGCUCUCAGCUGCGCCAUUGCGCGUUUUGGACUCCGCAACAGCAGAUGGGACUUGGCUCCGUGACCUCGCGUCCUCCAGCGGGUCUCCUGUAGCCCACACGCUUGUCGGCACGGACAUCAAUCAACACUACUUCCCAGAACAUCGACCUCCAGGCACAAUCCACCAGGUCCAGAACAUCAACGAACCGUGGCCACAAGAUUGGCACGGUACCUUCGAUGUUGUGCACCAGCGUUUAGCUCUCGUUAAUGCUGGACCCGUUGCGCAAACUGCGGUCACUCGUCUCGCGGAGCUAGUCAAGCCGGGCGGAUGGAUUCAGCUGAUUGAGGGAGAAAACGUUUCUGCAGAGGGCAAUGGCCCUGCCAUGCACGAUUUUGCGACCUUGCUGAAGAGCACCUUUGCCUUCAUGGGAGUAAGCUCCAAGUAUCCCCGUGAGAUACAUGCCUGGCUUCGGGAAGCCGGCUUCGUCGAUGUCCAGGAGCGCGUCGUGGAUGUGUAUUAUGGAGCAUCGAAUCCGAGUCCGCAAUUUGCAAGAAAUGGGAUUUAUUGCGUCAGCGGUGCUGCUUCGGGGUUGGUUACUUUCGCGAAGGGUCAGUCCAUGGUUGCCUACCACUCUAUAUCAAAGAGCCGAAGCUAA